AUGCUCGAGGCCCCUGGGCUCCACUCUCCGGUCAUAUACGUAACGUUCGUCCAAACUCUUCUGAUAUCGAAUUCAGCGCCUUACAUCAAUGGAAAACAGAAGUAUGCAGUGAACGGUGUAUCCUUUGUGGCUCCUGACACGCCAUUGAAGCUCGCUGAUUACUUCAAAAUCUCUGGAGUUUUCAACCUCGGAAGCAUCCCAACAAGUCCCUCUGGAGGAAAUAAUGCAGGCUCUCUCCAGACAUCAGUCAUGGCCGCAAACUUCAGGGAGUUCAUCGAGAUCGUGUUCCAGAACUGGGAGAACACUGUCCAGUCUUGGCACAUCGACGGUUACUCUUUCUUCGUCGUCGGGAUGGACGGAGGCCAAUGGACCACAGGAAGCCGAGCGAAGUACAAUCUCCAUGACGCUGUUGCUCGGUCCACCGUCCAGGUGUAUCCGAGGGCAUGGACAGCGAUAUACAUGGCGUUGGACAACGUGGGUAUGUGGAACAUAAGGUCGGAGAAUUGGGGAAGACAGUAUUUGGGACAACAGUUCUAUCUCAGGGUUUGGACUUCGUCCACUUCUUACCGGGACGAGUAUCCCAUCCCUAAGAACGCUCUUCUCUGCGGCCGAGCCAGUGGCCGACACACCCGCCCCUUCUAACCCUUCACGCCACGUGUCAUUUUUACAUGAUAUUCCAUUGUUAGUCGUUACCGUUGAUGAGGAAGAUGACAACAUUUUCUGUAAUCUGAGAGAGCUCCUCUCGAGCUUUGUUUCAGUUUGUAAUUUUAUGAAAUGAAAUUUCUUGGCUUCUUUAA